UGGGAACGAACCUCGCCUCUUCCCAAUAGAAGCCGAGCAAACUGCCAUCACACUUGGUCAACAUAUAUUUCUUCCGCUGCUGCUACUCUUAAAAAUGGCCCAUGGCAAACCCCAACCUCUAUCGCCCUCUCUCCCGCCAGUGCUGCACUCAGCGCCUUACCUUCGAUGUCUUCAGUUAUCUUGCCUUCAAGAGGAAAGUGCAUCCAAGUCAUUGACAGCAACCAGUACUGCCAGUGUCUAUGGUUCUUCCCUCCAGAGUCGCCCCUGCUAGACCAGAACAUCUGCAGUCUGUGUGGACACGGUAUCUACGCACACGUCGACUACGUUUCAAUGGUUGUCCAUCACUGCUUUGCGACCAAUUGUGCUGCGUACUUUCCAAAGACGGCCCGGGUACAAGCAUGCACAUGCUCGGCAUAUCUCAUCGAUCAUAAACCUGUCCGGAAUGCGCAUCGUUCGCCUACGCCUCUUCCCUACGGGGCGGAUGCAUCCAUUCAUGACAAUGGCCUCCCUUCCAACGUCAACACGUCCACCGGUGACACGAUGAACAUCUCAUUCACUCCGAUACCCAUGCCCUCUCCUUCCACUAACAUUAACCCAUCCUACUCUUACGGCGACACGAUGAUCUUCACAUCUACUCCGCAACCUGUUAUUCAAAUGGGUACCACUCAGAUCGAUGCUUAUUCCCGCUCGGAAGUGGAAAAUUCCUACAUCACUCAGUACCAGGACCAUAACUCCAGCGUUAACGUCCAGGACCCGAACGGGGAAUUUCGCGAGGAUUAUUUGACUAUAUCCUACAAUGAGGUGCAUGGCACGGGAUCCUGGGCAGGUCAACUUGAGUAAGUAUUCGCGAAACAAUUUUAUCAUUCGCCUCCAGUUCCUUCAUCGUUCAGUGUAUAAAUUAACGCGUCAUGGAAACGCCUGUAAACACAACGUGUAUGUACAUCUUGAUAUCAUCUCGUCUUUCUUCUGCUUAGGGUACCGCUUGUCAUGUUUAUCGUUUUGCUUUGCUCUAAAAUCAUAUGCGUUUUCUUAUUUAAUACAAUGA